UCUCACGCAGAUAAGCAGCUGGCAGAACAGGAGGAGAAAGACAGGAAGUAAGAGAAAAGGAGGAGUACUUUAUGAAAAGGAAGUGGUGACUACUGACUACAGACCACUGCUGAAACAGGCCAUCAUUACUUCCACAAUAUGGAGCUCAGCUCACUUCCUGUUAAACUCUCACUGAUUAUACUUGUCUACUGUGGACAAAAUCAAGGCAACGGAGCUCGGAUGCAUGGGAUUCACCAGCAGUACGAGCUCCUGGGAGGAACAGUCUACCUCUCAUUGGGAGAAGAGCGUUCAACCCAAAUCAAGUGGAAAAAAGACAGGGAAGUCAUUGCAAUGGUAGACAGGGAAUGGUCAGCCACUAGGUUUCAAGAUAAAUUCAUUGUGAAUGCCUCUGAUGGAUCCUUAAUUAUCAAAAAUGUGACAGAGAGGGACAGCGGCCGGUAUCAAGCUCUAUUAGGGAAAUGGGAAGAGAACAUUGUGGAAUUCCAUUUGAUAGUACUGGAGGCGGUCUCAGAGCCCAUUAUUGGCUCAGUUCUCCAUCGGUCAGAUUCCUUGACUUGCAACUUCUCAGUACAGUGUUCUGCUGGUGGUGACUCAGUGACGUAUGACUGCAGUCUCCAGCACUGCGCUCCAUCAAACAUCUCACUGACCAGAGUCGAAAUUACUAUAGCCAUUGACAACGGACUGGUGGAAUGUACAGCCAGCAACCGUGUGAGCACAAAGAAAAGCCUGCGACAAAUAAAUGAUACAUGUUCAGAAACAUCAGCUGCCUGGCAUUCCCCUUGGAUGACUGUGGGUUGGGCUUUGGGGGGCACACUGCCGGUCUGCUUUCUUAUCAUGAGUUUUUACUGCUACAGAACGAAACUACAGACCACCAAUCAAGACACAGUUGUCCUCUAUAGCGUAUGGGACGAGCCAGAGACUCCGACAGAGGACAGCGCUGCAAAAACAACUCUAUCGGCAGCAGGACAUUCCUUUAAAUUGUGUAAGAUUCCAAAAAUAAACUAGAAAGGUGCAUUUUCUGAAGACAGUUCAGACUGAUUGCACAGCUUAAGCAAUCCGAGAAUGGUUGCUCAGGUGUUACUACAUGGUUGCUAAGUGGUUGCUGCGGUAUUCCAGGUGGUUGCUAUUGUGUUGCUCGGAGGUUGUUGUGAAUGCUAACACUUUGCUAGGUGGUUGCUAGGGUAUUCCAGAUGGUUGCUGGGGUGUUGCUGGGCAGUUGCUAUGGUAUCCCAGUUGGUUGCUAUAGAGUUGCAAUGAAGUUUCUAUCAUGUCUCAAGUGGUUGCUAAAGUGUUGCUAUAUGGUUGCUAUGGUAUCCCUAGUGGUUGCUAAUGUGUUAAUACGUGGUUGCUAUGGUAUUCCUAAUGGAUGCUGGGGUGUUGCUCGGCGGUUGCUAUGGUAUCCCAGUCUGUUGCUAUAGUGUUGCAAUGAAGUUUCUAUCGUAUCUCAAGCGGCUGCUAAGGUGUUGCUAUAUGGUGGCUAUGGUAUCCCUAGUGGUUGC